AUGGUUUUCGAGAGCGAUCCUUUAUUGUCCUAUUGUUGUGUUGAAAGGCUCCUCCAGGAUUUAGGCGUCUUAGUAUCAGCCUUUCUCAGCUUUCAAAUUCAUUCCCCCAGUUUCCGUACUGUGGUUGUUCCGGUGUUUUUUCUAUUCAAAUCACUAGUGUUCCAUUGUCUCGUUUCCCUCUACAAGCAAUAUGUUCCACUAGUGUAUCCCUUCCAAAGACUCUUAUUCCAAAGCGUACUGUAUGAUAGCUCUCUCAUACCAUCACAAAGCUCCACAUGGAUUUCUUUCUAUCUUGCUUUGGUCUUUUUGUUACCGUUUGUUCUUCUACGUUUUGACUUAAUCACCCCCACAACAAUAUAA